AUGGCAACUAUCUAUGCCACUGCGGCCGCCGCCGUCACACUUCAAACGGACAAUUGGGUUUGGUUCGAUUCGAAAUCGAAUUCGGCGUGCACCCAUCCCUCUUCCUUUCUGACGUACCGCCCGUUUUGGUUUCCUCAUCUGUCACUUUCUUUCCUGUUUUCCGUCCCGUCGCCCUUUCGAAACCCUCGUAAUCCCGUUCUUUCUUCAUCCAAUAUCCAUUUCCUAAUCCUUCCCCAAAUCCUGCUGUUUUAUUAUUAUUUGUCUGUAUCUUUUUCACUUUUUGGAUCUCUUAACCACGAAACGUACACUGGGAACGCCUACAUCCGAGGCUUUCUCUCCGUGUACUCGGUGCACUUCCCGGGCCGCAAAAGUGUUGAUUCCCACGAAGAUUUCCCUCUCCUUCUUGAGUUGAUAAUUGCUCUUUUUAGCCGACUUCUUUGCUCUUUCAUUCGUCUUUCACUUGUUACGCUUUUCCCCGACACGCUUCUGUUUUCAGUGAAAUGACGAACAACAUCAUCGUGAUGCCGACCGCCCGUAUCAACCGACGCAGGUCCACCAAGGCUCUUCACGACUUCUUCAGCCGCCCGUUCACUCAGAGGUUCGUAUUUUUCGUCGAGUUCUGUGUUAACUCGUCUAGACAUCGUCUUUUUAUCCUAUGGAUUCGUUUCGUCCGCCCGUCCCUUCUGUUUAUGGGUCUCUUUGAUGGAUGACUGCUUCUCCAUGCAAAUUCUACUUGAUUUAUGAAAAAUGACAGCUUGAUGACGUGGCGAGACAUGAGUAGUUUUCAAAAAAGGAGUUGGAAGGUCACGAAGAAGCCCACUUAUGACGUGGCAGAUCGCGUGACUUGUAAGUGAAGUGGCGUGACUAACGAAGGGCAUUGUGCCUAAAAACUUGCUACUGGAAUUGGUAAUGAUUGCAAGAAAGGCAAGAAAGAAAAGAGAGUGACGUGCGGGUUCUAAAGCACAGUUUUUUGCAUUCUCUGUCGGAUCGCGUGAUCUUCCCGUCCUUUCCCAUUGUGCUCUUCUUGCUCCGUCCACCGAUUUCUUCACGGUGCCCCAAUUAUUCCGCCUCAGUGUUUCUUCCCUCUCGCGCCGCCAUCGUCGUCCUGCUCGACGGGUCUCCAGAAGAAGAAUAAACAAUAAUCGAGAGGUGUGGUCUGGUCAGUGAACGGAAGUGCGCACUCCGAUUGUCUGCGGGAGUCGUGCCGUCUGCUCCGGCGGCCUUCUGAAGCAUCCUCUCGACGUCAUCGACGCCUUCUUGCCUACCCGGGAUUGUACUCCUCCGGAACUCUCGACUGAAUUGCUAAUCGCCUGAAUUGCACACUCACAUACUCGGCGGGGGCACACUCACCCCCGGCGAAACUUACAUGCCAGCCACUCGCCGACCAACUUUAUGCAUUCCCACCACUGAUACUCGGUGCCGAGAGUUGCUGGUUUCGAAGUGUAGUACUUGAAACCCAACAAGAAAAUGAUGAUACCAAGGAUGCAGCUGAAGCCGUUAGCCAUCGGAAAUGGGUAAGUUUAUCCGGGAGGUUACUGUAGGAAGUAGGGAGGCCUUUCAGUAGAAGGGAGGCGCGAGUGCACCAUUUACAUAAUUUGCAUUCAAAUUGGCUCUUCCUGCCGCUUUUUGUGACUUCUCUCUCGAGUAUUGUUCAUGAUUCUUUUGAGCUUCUGAGCAUUUCUGUAAAAGCUCGUGACUAUCACUUCGGCUCAGUUUCUUUUUUAUUCUCUAGUGCCCAUUCGAACAAAUUCAAAAGUGCAAAAAAAGGAGAGAUAUGCUGAUUCGUUCACUCUGCCCGGAAAUUAUGCAGAUUUAUAGUUGACCACACCGGAAAAUAAAGUUCCCAAACGAGGAAAAAAAAGGCAUUCCCAGAAGAUGCUAGACAAAUUGAGCACACCUAUGCAAACAGCCAAUUAGUAGUCGUUGGCCGCGAGAAGAAGAAAAACAAGCGGACGUGGCACCUGUUGUGCGGGCCCCUGGCGCCGCCCUUUUCCUUUUCAGCCGUCCUCUCCGCCUUCCUUCUCGUUUCCUUUUAGUUUUCCAUGUCUUUUGCGAAAUUCAAUCUUCGACGGGCGACGGAAAUGGGACAAGAAGACAAGAAGACGAGAGCGAAAGAGUGAAAGAAAGCUUUGAAUUUCUUCUGUGAAACGCCUUUCCUUCUCUUCCUUUCGCUUGUUAUCGUUGAUCAACGGAGCACGGCUUCUUCUCCUUCUUCUUCUGCUUCUUCAUCUCCUCUUCUCCAUUCUCAAAUCCGUGUUGUUAUUGUUUUCCGUCAUAUUCUCCAAGCUCUCUCAGGGAGGUUAAUUGAGUGUGAAGAGGAGCCGCUGCCCAUCCUCUCAAGAUCUAUUUUUGACGGGUGCAACAUGAAGAGGAAAAGACUAGAGGAAGAGAGGAAGAAGAAGAAGAAGGAGGAGGAGAAGAAGAAGAAGAAGUCGCUGAUGGAUAUGGGAAGCGAGGCGCAGGGGCAGACGCGCACUCGCCUCUUUUUGUUGCCAUUUCAAUUACACUUUCACGCACGUGUACAGCUCUUCCCUUUUUGAGUCACUUGCGCAGAACAAUUUGCAAAGACACUUCUGGAGUUUGUUUGGUUUUGCUCAAAUAUGUCUCUAGAACUCUAGAAUAUUCAUUUCUCGAGCACUGAAUUCAUUGAAUUGUGAUUUCUGGUAUCCUUCAAAAGUUAUCACUGGCACCUAAGACACCUAAGAGCAUUGCUUUGUAAUGUUCUAUCCGGCUUUUUGCUCCGUGCUCCGAGCCAAUUGUCCCCCCGGGUUUAUUGUGGAAACGGACACCUCUCGGUCAGUCUUUUCACUCUAUUUUCAUCCGAAUUCCGCUCGCUUUCGGAUGAAUGGUGAAGUAAGUUGGGCGAAAAGGUCACUAUGGUCACAUGUUUCCGCCGCAUCUCCCGCAAAUCUCAUUGUAUUGUGCCGUCUUCUAUGCUCUACUUGUUCAGCAUAUGCUUCUUUGCGUACGGAGGGAAGUCACAGGACCUUCUUCUAUCCCUCCUGCCACGUCAUCCUUGCUUUCUGUUUAGCCUCUCACAUAGAUAGAAGACAAAGAUGCGAUGAAUCACUCCCCGGAGACUUGCGUCCACCGACCAUCCCAAUCUUUUUUUCCUUUCAGAAGGUCACAGUCAAUCGCCGGUGUUCGGGUCUCGCCACGAAUAACUGUGGCCCCCUCACCUCGAGACACCCACUCAACAUGUCGAACACCAUCGAGAUUUCCAUCGCAAUACAGUCAGUCUGCAUGUAGUGUUUCUUCAGCUAACGUGGUUGUCUUUCAGUGACUUUGCGACAACUGAAACCGCCAAUCAGAUUGUCUGCGAGCUAUACGACAACGAGACGGAAAGCGAAGAGAAAUGGACAAAAGUGGGCUCGAGUUCUCCGGUCCGAUUCUCUCGGAACAUCGUCUUCGCUGACAAGUUCUCCUAUCAGUACAUCUUCGAGAAGACACAAUUGAUCAAAGCGGUUUUCUCUCGGUGCCACGAGAAAGACAAACCAUGCAGCUCAAGCAGUGAUAUUCUCGCCACUUCCAUUUUCAAAGUCGACGAACUCAUUGGAUCGUUCGGAUUGCAAUUGCGUCGGCAACUUCAGAAAACGGGAACAAUCGCCCAGUCUAUUGCCGGAACGCAGAGAAUGAGCGAGGAGUACUUGGGAGGGAUCAUCGUGUCGGCCGAAAUGCCGGAGAAAGAGCAGCCAAUUGUAGUGCAGUUCCACGGGAAAUCAUUGGAUCGGAAGGACUUUCUGUGGGACGAAACUGCCGUUUUCUUCAGAGUAAUUCUAAAAUCUGAAAAGUCCCUUUUCUACUGUAUUUCUUCAGGUAUUCCGUCUCGAAGAAGGAAAGGACGAUGAUUCGUUGGUAUUUCUGUAUGAAAGUGAAGCCCUCAAGAAUCAUUCGCAUCCCCAGUGGGCGGAGUUCCGUCUAGACACUCAGGACGCCGCCGACAACAGGAAUCGUCUUCUGGAGAUUUGGGUGAUGUACAAGGACGUGGAUGGGAAAGAAGGUUACAUCGGAAAGUUCCUGACGACGUAUGCGAAGAUGAAGUACGGACCUGGCUCCGACAAUGUGUACAGCGUUAUAAACGAUGUGAAAAAGGCGCAGAAGAAGGUGAAAAUACAACGAUUUCGAUGGAGAUUACGCGUAUUUUUCGACUUUCAGAGCUAUGAAAACAGCGGGAAAUGGAGCUCGUUAAGUUCACCGACGUCUCGUUCUAUUCUUUUCUGGAUUAUAUUGUCAGUGGGUGAGUGUUCUGAAAGGAGGCAUUCAAGUGGAAACGAGUCGUUUUGUUUUGCAUUGCAGCACUCAACUUCACUUCGAAAUCGGUGUCGACUUCUCAAGUCCGGAGCCAGUGCACGAGUUGGAUCAGCGCAGAUUCGACGGGGAGUUGCACAUGGCGAUCAGAGCGAUUGGAAGUAUCAUUAGGGACUACACACCGUAUGGAUUCUGUUUCUUGGUCUUCCCUAUAAAAGUGUUUUUUUUCAGAAAUCGUUUGUUUGCCGCAUUCGGAAUUGGAGCCAAGAUCCCUCCGACUUUCCACGAGUCCAACGAGUUCUUCCUUGUAAGUCAGCAUCAAACCCGUUCAACCCCUUAUUUACAUGCUUACAGAACUUCUCAAUGGAUCCGAUCUGUCGUGGAUUGGACGGAGUGAUGGAAGCCUACAGGAAGACUCAGACAAUGGUAACCCCUUUGAAAGAGUCGAAAUUGUCCCCAGUGAUCAAUUACGUGACUCGAAUGUCCCACCGAUCUGGGUUCCGCGGACUCCACUACCACGUGCUCGCUUUGUUCACAAGGGGAGAAGUCACCGAUAUGAAAGUGAGUGAGCAACAAGUUACCUUCAGAACGGAAACACGUUUUCAGGAAAUCCAACAAGCCCUCAACGCCGCCUCCGAUGCUCCAUUGUCCAUUCUCAUCAUCGGAAUGGGCGACUACGACUUCGGUCCUCUUCAGAAAGUAUGUUCGAAACGGAAAGACGGCCGCCGAGACGUCGUCCAAUUCAUUCAUCUCAAAUCGCUUCUGAACGGAGCAGAAGCCCCGUGGCUCAACAAAUCUCGGAUCGCGGAGACCGCACUCCGAAAUGUCCCGCAUCACAUGGUGCAGUACAUGCACAACUCGAACAUUGCAGCGAAACCACCUAUACAGGUAGGUCGAAUGACAACCAGCUUCUCAGCUCUGUAUGUUUAGGUGUGCCGCUCGCCUCUCUUCCACAGCUCCUCUCUGAUUCCUGAUAAACCGACUCAAUUCGACUUUGAUACUGUCGUUGACAAUCGUCACGUGGCCAUCGAAAUCCCGAGUCUGAUGCCGAACCUCGUCCUUCCGCCCGAUCUUUCUCCUCGUCCUAGACAAGACAGAAGAGGCAGUGAUUCUCGUGAGUGCUUCCCUCCUGCUCCCUUCCAAACUCUUGCUGCAUUUCCAGAAUAUCUCGACGUGGAAACCAUGCGUGGCAGUCUCACGGUCCGGGUCCCCGAGAGAUGUCAUUCUGUCUUGCAAACCAGCAAAGAACAGUACCAACGGCGACUGAAAGAACGAGGAUUGGCAAGAGUAACACCUGAUUUGAUACUAGAUCCUCACUCCUUUCUACUAUUUCCAGAUGAAGUUCCCACGUGUCGAACUGAGCACUCUGGAAUCGAGUGGAGGAUCCACGCAAGAAUCGUCCCUCGGCCAAUAG